AUUAUUUGGGAUCCCCUGUUUCCCUUUUCUGGAGGUGUGGAUUUGUGAAUCCCUCCUCCUCGCUUGUCACGGAACUGGGAUGAACCAGCCCUUAAACCACUGAAUUUUAACAUCUUUUAUUUUUAUCCUUACAGAGUAAGGCCACAAUCAAAAUUACCCAAUGAAUCUACGUGCCUGAAUCUAUCUUUAUCAAGUGAAUUACCUCAUCAAUAUAGUUUUUCUACUGUAAAUGGAAUAAAACACAGUAACACUAUAGAUUACUUGUAGGGUCCAAGUUUAGUAGCAUCCAAAUAGAUUUUGAAAUUACAUAUGAACUUGAAGGGAGAGGGGAGUGUUUCAGAUGUCACAGUAUUGUGGGGUUUUUUUUUCCAGUCUUGAAAGCAUUUUCCUUACUGCUAACAAGGUAUAGUCAAGCAAUAAUUCUUGCAGGUGAGGAUUUUGAAAUCAACACAAGUCUAAUGAUAAAGCAUUAGAAACAAAGUGCUUGCACAGUUCAAAUAUGUGAGAGUUAAAAUUGUGUUUAUUUUUUCCCAGCCUCACAUUCCAGCUAGGGUACAUUUGGAUAAACAGAUAAACAGAUAGUGAGGCUCAACUGUCAAGAUUUGGGAAAUUGAUGAGACGGACAUGAUAAACAAGGGGUAACAGAUUGUGAGAGAGAGAUCAAAAGUUGGUGGAAUCAGGCUGUAAAUACCAUAGCAAGUGCUGGAUAGAUUGUGAACCUGGAGUACUCAAUCAACAGGGAAACAGGAGAGGUAUUCUUGGUGUUGGGGGAUAAGGGAUAUAAGGAUGUGAUGUGUUUUUGGUUGUGUGCUCCUGCUUGAAGGACACCCGCAACUGCAAUCACAAAUUAAAACUUUUUCACAAGAGAUCUGGUGUCUGAAAAAUCAUUUCAGUUAUUUCUCAGAAAGUACGUGUAAAAAAUCUUGAUUUAGCGGUUGCAUUGGUGUAUUAGUUAAACAUACAAUACACCAAAUCUCCCUGCCUGAUCCCCUUUCAGUCACAGGAAAACUAAAAUGAUGUAAGGGAAAAAUGGCAGUAGCAUACCAGAGCUGUCUCAGACUGCUUUUUAUCCCAUUCAUUAUAUAAAGCAUCUAAAAUAACAUAAUGCUUUUAAAUACUAGCAAAGAUAAUUAGUAAUCUUAAAAAAUAUCAAACAGUUUAUAUACCUCAAGAAACUAGUUUCGUACUUGAAGACCAUACUCUAAAUACUGUUCUUAUCCUCAAAAUUGCAUCACUUAAUUGUACAUAUUUCUAUCUGUAUAACAGAAGCAUGUGAAAGACUAUUUCCCUAACAGGUGCUUACACUAAAGUACAGACAGCACAAAAAGACAGUAUGUUCCAACAUUAGUAAUUAGACAAAUAAUUAGAUGCGCACCAUAUAAGUGCCAUCCAUCAGUGAUAAAAACAUGGUGAACCACCACUGCCACACAAAGGAAUAGUUAUAGACCAAAAAAAGUACUUUCAUUACUUUCACCUCUUAUUUGUGAAAUGUUGUCUAACCCAUGCAAUUUGCAUGGAAAUGGCUGCAAGCCCUAUUCCUUCAAAGCUCAUUAUAAUAGAUUCACAAUAACAAUAUUUAGAAGUGUUGCUCUACUUUGCUAUUUUCCUUCUGGUGGCUUUAAAUUGGUGGGCAGCUGAGUUCCACUACACUGCUCUUUUACUCCCCACUCCUAAAAGGAACAAGGAGAAAAAAUAUGAUAAAAAAAAAACUUCAUGGGAUAAGUACAAGGAAAACACUCCCCAAUUACUGUCACGGGCAAAAAAGACUCAGCAUAAAUGUAAUUUAUUGCCUAGUGAUAACAGACUAGAGCAGUAAGAACUAAAAGCAAACUAAAAACAUCUUCUCCUCCAUCCACACUUUUCUACCUCCUUCCAGUGGCCAAAGGGAAUGGGGAGGUUGCAGUCAAUCCAAAAUGCUAUGUCUCUGCUGCUCCUUCUUCCUCACACUCUUCGCCUGCUCCAGCAUGAGUUCCCUCCUACGAGAUGCAGUCCUCAAACUGAUCCAACAUGUGGACCCCAUGGGCUACAGAUCCUGCCCAGACCAACUGCUCCACUGUGGGCUCCUCUCCACAGGCUGCAGUUCCAGCCCAGAGUCUGCUCCUGUUUUGACUCUCCAUGGGCUACAGCCUUCUUCAGGUCAUAUCCACCUGCUAUGAUAUGGGAUCCUCCAUGAGCUGCGGGGGGAUACCUGCUCCACCAUGGUACACCAUGAGCUGCAGGGGGACAGUCUGCUCCACUAUGGUCUUCUCCAUGGGCUACAGGGAGACUUCCACUCUGGCACCUAGAGUACCUCUUCCCCUUCCUUUUUCACUAACCUUACUGUAUACAGGAUUAUUUCUCUAUACAUUUUCUCACUUCUCUCUCCCAGCUGCUGUGGCACAGGCUUUUUUUUUCUUUUUAAACCCUUUCUUAAAUAUGCUCUCACAGAGGCACAACCUGUGCUGCUCACUGGCUCAGCUUUGCCCAGCAGCAGGUCUUUUUUUUUUUUUUGAGAUGGCUAGAACUGGCUCUUAUCUAAUAUGGGGUAGCUUCUGAAACCAUCUCACAGAGGCCACCUCUGCAGCUUCCUGCUCCCUGUGAAAACCUCGCCAAAUAAACCCAAUGCAUCCCUACAGGAAUUUAAGGAUAAACUGGAUUACUAAAAUUUUGAGAUUUCAGGAUGUCUUCAGUCCUGUGCAUUUUCUUUUGAUUUCCUCCAAGGUUAAAAAAAACUAAACUCUCACAGUGUAAGACAGGCAUAAACCUGAAAGCAACAAAUCAGCUGCACAAAGGACUUCUCUUUCCCAAUUCAGAAUUCCAAACACCUUGUGUAGUUAAUGUACAAAGCUGUUUAUUUCUAAAUAUACAAUAUUUUACUGAAUAUAGUCUGUUAUGGUAAGGAUUAUGUCAAUUUUUUAAGAUAUUUUAGAAAGUUGUAGUGGAAUUCCAGGGUCACAGCCUGAACCAAUGGGUGGGCUCUGUGAGUGUGUGAGUGCGGCGGCGCGGCGGUACGAACGGGGGAGGGACACAUUCCUCAGCUCGGCUCUGCCUGCGCGCUGCUACCGGGAGGGGUGAGUCGAUUCUUUUUGAUAUCUUUCCCUCGUGUGCCUAUUUCUUAAAUACAGGCCUUGUCAUUACCUUCAUUUGCUCUACAUUUUGGCGAGCCAGGCAGCCAAAUAUCUUUAAAGAUACCCAAUUAUAAGCCUCUUAAAAUAAUUACCAUGACAUUUUUGAACAAUUUCAUGGGAUGGUUUGGACGGGGAAAGGCUAGCCCCAUAAGUGAAGUUUUGCCAGGGCACAUCCCGGGAUUCCUAGGAUCCCCAUAUCACGGGAUUGCUUGUAUUAUUGAAAAAUGGGGUCCCCUACGGGAUGCAGGAAAUGUUCAGGAAUCCCCAGCCCGCCUGGCUGAGUAUUUCAGUAGUCUAAACAAAAACGUACUCACUACACAAGAACGACAGUUAGCUGCCUCCACGGUGGCGUGGCCGCUGCUGAUGGCCUUGAACCGGCUAAAUAUAACUGAAGAGGCUCUCACUGAUGAAAAUCAACUAUUACGUGACUGUGUGGAAGAACUGGAAAGACAGGUUGCAAUUUUGAGAGGGAAAAAACCUAACCCUAUAAUUCCGGUACAAAAAAUCCGAAACAUCUCUCUAGAAAUAACUGGGGAUCCUAUACAAGAGAGUCCACAUGAACUGGACUCAGAAAAUGAAAGCACUAAGAAGUCAGAUCUUGAGGCUCCACUAGAGCUUGAUCCCUUUGAGAUCCGACCAGUUGUAACUCAAAAAACAAAAAAAACGCAGGACAGGCCAGCGGGGCUGCCCCCGACCAGUGGCCCCCUGCUCAGAGCACACUACAUGUAACAGCUCGCCCAUACACGGCAGCUGAAUUAAUGGAUUUAGUACAACGGUUUAGACAGAAACCGAGAGAGAGUGUGCCAGCAUGGUUACUCAGACUAUAUGACAUGGGGGCAGAAAGCGUUGUGGUGAAUGGGCCAGAAAUCUCAAAACUGGCAUCAAUUACUACUCACCCGGCCCUCAGGCAAAGACUAUAUGCGGCUGUGCAACACAAUGAAGAAAAUCAUUCACUGAUUGCAUGGUUAAUGGCCGCAUGCCGUGUGACAUGGGCGAAUAAAACGGACAUACCAUUAAAUACCGGCCUGUGGUCCUCUAUGGAGGACUUACAAAAUUACAUCCGAGAAUUAGGUAUGAAAGAGGCAAUUUAUGAGGACAAUUUUGAGAGCCCAGAUAUGAUAAAAUUUU